AGUAUAAUCCAGCAGACAUUAAUUAGAGUUAUAAUGGCCUGUGGAAGUGGACAGAUUCCAGUUUCCUGUAGUCUUUGUGAGGUGGAUUCUAUUAUCACAUGGAAGUGUUUAAACUGUGACAAGCUCAUGUGUGACAAAUGUGAGAAAAUUCAUGUACAGUUCAAAUUUGCCAAGGAUCACAAAGUUGUUUCUAUACAGGAGAUGGGUCCCCAUGACAACGAAAUAGAUUUUUCCAAUAUAGGAUGUCAAAUUCACACAGGUCAAAAUUAUGUUUUGUUUUGCAAGACAUGUGACUGUUUAGUAUGUCCACUAUGCAUAUCAGAAACCCAUAAUGGCCAUGGGUUUGAAACCAUCAGAGAGAGAUAUGAAAUCCUGGUGAACAAAUUAAAGACAAAAGGGAAGAAUAUCGGAACUAAUAUAUUUGAAUUGAAAAAAAGAAAAGCAGAAGUGAACGAUAUUGAUAAGGCUGAACUUUCCAAAUUUGAAAGUACUAUGAAGAAAAUUAAAUAUCAGAAUGUCCAGCUUAAGAAGGAAGUGGACCAACAUACUGAAAAAUUGGAGACUGAACUUAUUAAAAAGUGGGACGACUUUCAUCGAUGUACUGAAAAAGAAGAAAAAGAUGUGUCCUUGCUCAUCGGGAAUCUUGAAUCUAAGCAAUCUGAGGUUGAUGGAAUCAUCCAAUCCAUGGAAGCCGACUCUGUCUUUGUUGAUGGUUUGGGGUUAGCAAAAUCAAAAGAGGAAACCGUCGCAUCGCCUCGCACAGAAUUUGAUAAUAUUCCAAUAUUUCUGCCUGGACAAAUAACUGCUUAUAACAUUGGUGCACUAGAAAAUGUUUCUCUAAGGGGUGAGAUUAAAGUUUUCAAACAAUUUGACACUAAAAUCUCAAACGUUUAUGCAAUGGCAGCCUGUUCUGAUGAUACAUUGUGGGUUACUGACUUUAAAGUAUUGCAGAAAAUUAAAAUAGAAGGGAGUACAUCAACGAUAAUUGAGCAAAAAACAAUUAUGUGCUGGGAUAUGGCAUGCACUCCCUUAAAAGAUCUCCUUUUAGCCGAUGGUGGAUCUAUACUUAAGCAGAUAAGUGACCAAACAGGUGAAGUGACCAAAACUAAGUUUGAGGUAAAGGGUUUACGUCUAUCAGCUGUUUACGUGAACCGAGAUGGAACCAUCACUGUUGGUGCUUUUAGUGGGGAAGUAGUAUAUCAAGCCGUGGGAAGACGGGUUGUGAUCGUAAUGGAUGAAAGUGGAAAACAUGAAGCUAUCUAUGAAUAUGACAGAAAAGGCAAUCCCAUAUUUACAUUUGUUCUCAACAUCACUAGAACAAGGAAUGGUAAUAUCUUUAUAGUGGACAGAUUAUCUAAAAAUUACACCGGCAGAGUUGUAAUUUUGAGUGAGGAUGGGGAUGUUCUGAAUACCUUCAGUGGCAAUCCAGAAGUUAAUACAGAGAAAAUUCUUUUCCAACCAAUACGUGUAUUUACUACCCCAAGUGACAAUAUUAUCAUUUCCAACUUGACCCAUUGCAUUUUAUAUUUUCUUAACAAUUCAGGGAACUACAUUGGAUGGAAGGACACAAGUAAGUUAGGAAUAAUAUAUCCACGCUCUUUCUGUAGUACAGAAGCAGGACAUACUUUCGUAGGGUGUGUAAAACCUAAAAACAGUAGUGACAAUACCAAACUAUAUAAAAUUAUCAUUUCUUGAAGGAAACUUUUCAAUUCAAAGGGGAAAGAGAUAUUCUCUUCUAUAGUAUUGGAAACAGUGUCUUAUGUUAAGUAGUUGAAUCUGUCCGAUUGUAAAUAAAAAUGCUUUAAAACCUAUUUGUUUUCGAUAUGAAUAAAACCAGAGUUGGGGUUAACGACGAAAAUAAAACCUCCAAUAUAACAUUAGUUCUACAAAAAAUCACGCA